GCACAUCGCGUUGCUUCGUACAGCAUCAAUCCACGAGACAGCCAUUCUCACAGCGUACGAGUACUUCAAUCUUCCCACAUACGGAAUAGGCAGAAACGAACGAACGCAAGGGAUACAAUAUCAUUCACCACUCGGACUGCAAGCACAAUGAGUCGUUCUGCUAUUUCGAUCGAAAGAGCCCCGUCAACGGUUUCUUCGUCGUCGACCUCGACGGCGACGUCGUCGUCGACCAGCACUUCAACGGCAUUCACUGCGUGCUCGUCCUCGUCCUCAAGUGCAUCCUACUUUUCGAUGGAUACGGCGGUAUCUUCCUAUGCAAGCAGCCGAACUAGUUAUUACUCGGAAGAUUCUAUUGGUACCAGGUAUACCCAUGAUACUGGCUAUCCGGAUGUUUCUAGAGAGUAUCGUCGGAAACAGCACGGCAAUGAGCGACGAAUGCACCGAUCGAAGCGAGAACAAGCACAAGAACAAGAACAAGAACCAACCCAAUCGGGUAGUAAUGCUAAGGCCAACGCCAAAGCAAACGCCAAAACCAAAGCCAAAGCCAAAGGCAAUGCCGGAGAUCACCAGGUUUCGGAACCGACACAAACGUUUUCGAAAUGGAGUUUUGCCGAACGUCUCUCUGAAGCCUUUUGCGAAGGCAUUGACCAUCGCUUUUCGUGCGGCGUUGGCAGAGGCAUGGAAGUUUAUCACGAUUACGACGACAAGGGCCACGCGCAGGACGACUCUAUUCUAGGAAACGACGGCGACGCCAAGGACGGAAGCAAGGAACAAGAAGGGGAUCACGGGAUUUCCGGGUUCCGUCUGGCCAAGCAGCUGUCGUCCGAUAGUUCUGCUGCGCACGGCGACGAUCAUCCUUCUCCCGCAGAGCCCUACUCCUCGAACCAGAUCCAUCGCCACAAGGCGUUCGUUUCCGAGUACCACAAAACGAGAAGGGCCACGAUCCACAUUCGAGAGCGAGAGAGGAAGGAAACGGAUGCCGCCUGCGCCUCGGACUCCAAGGAAAGCCACUUGAUUCGUACACAAAACGACACGACCCAAGGAAACCACCGUGGAUGGGGCAAGGCUUCCGCUACCAUCGCCUCCAAUUCCACCUCGGAGAGUGCAAGCAACACGUCAAGCAACACGUCAAGCAACAUCGUUAGCAACACCGCAAGCAACACCGCAAGCAACACUGCAAGCACCACCGCAAGCACCACCGCAAGCACCACCGCAAGCACCACCGCAAGCACCACCGCAAGCACCACCGCAACUAACACCCAAUCCAGCCAAUCCUGGUCCCCAUCUCCGGUGAAAGCAGCACCGGAAUCCAACCGCUCGAAGGCGUCAUUUCCAACUCCCACUCUGGGGAUCGAGGUCCAGAAUGCCGUUCACGGGCGUUCCGAGGCAACAGCGAGUGGCACGGAGAUAGUAUUAACAAGAGACCGCGACUCUGUCGAUGACAAAAAGACUCCAACACACUAUCGCCACCAGCCACCACAGUUAGAAACAGAUGACAACACAUGUGCCACCAGUAGCGCAUACACCGCUACCAGCAGUGAUGAAAGCUGCAUCAGAACAAAACACGGCGGCCGUAGUACCCACGAGAUGACGAUGAUUCGCACCCAAUCCAUCCGUCGUGAUCAAAGCCACGUUCCAGAUCACUCCUCGCAGCGACCUGAACAGGCUCCACGAACAAUCUUCUAUGCCUUGCCUUCUUCGUUAGUGCAACAACCACAACUUGUGUCGCAACUCCCGAAUCAACGACUCCAGCCUCCCAAUCACCACCGCCCUCGCCGACAUGUGCGUAGUCACAGCUUUGGUUCGACGUCGCUCUCGUCAUUUGGUGCCAGUAGUUAUAACAGCAGCAGCAGCAGCGAGGACUCAAAUAUAAUCGCAAACACAACGUCGACUUCCUCUAGCAGAGGCAACUCGAUUUGUCAAAACAGUUCGAGUCAUUUGGACUCUGACCAAGUACAGGAACAACCGCAGAUGACCUUUUAUCUCCGACCAUCCGUAACAACCGUGAAGCAUGUUCUCAAGGAAGACCACCAAUCGCAACAAAUGCAUGAAAACAGACGGCGUACGGCUAUCCAAACAUCCACUUGGGACAGCACCCGUGACAAAACAGCACUCCCCGCCGUCACCGCCAACGCCACCGCGUACAGAGAGAAUUAUUCCGCUUCAAUGAAAAUUUUGCAACGGAUACCGGGAAGAAGCACCGCAAAGAUCGCGGAUGAGAUGACGGACGAAACCUCAACCUCCGCAGCAUCAACAUCAAUAUCAAAUUCCGCAGCCUCAACAUCUGCAUCAAUAUCAACAGAUGACAAGAAGGUUUCGCUUGUAAGAAACCGAAACAAGGCCAAGUCCCAAAUAUCGUUAUCCUUAUCGUCAUCGUCAGCUAAGUUGUCCUCUACUUCUGGUAUUGUCAGCAACAAGGAGAGAAACACUUCUGAUAGCAGCAGUUGUAGCAGCAAUAGUAAUGACACUGACAACCAAUCAAAUACCUCCACCAAAUCUGUCAAAAGGGGAAGCAAACAGACCUCUUCAAACAAGUCUUUUCCUUUCAGUAUAAAUCAUAGCUUGUUCCACAAAAACCAGACUCUAAGGCAAGAGAGGAUCCAUCGUGGGCAACAAAAGCACAAACAAAAGGAACAAUGUCGCCAAACUAGUGAAUAACUUUACGCUUACCCUAAACAUGAUGAACCAAGUACACCAAAUUAAGCGUUGAACCGUUUUUGUAGCAUAAAUGACAUAUGAGUGG